GGAAUUUUACUUCAGUGCACACCAGCUGCUGCAGUAGAGGAAGCCAGGAAAGAGGCCAGCUAACAUCCACCGAGGGGAAGAGAAUAAGGAAGUGUGAUGACCCGGAACCUGGAGACAUCACUGGACACCAGCAAGCUGGCAUGCUUCAGGAUCCCGAUCAUGAAAACAGCCGUGGCAAGUCGUAGAUCGCUCUUGGUACUGUCGCUUAUAUUAGCCUCCUUGAUCACUUUCACAGUUUUCCAAAACUCCACAAAGAUAUGGACUUCAUUCAAGUUUCCCAUCUCCUUGCAACUCUGGAACGUCACCAGAGAGUCCUCGUGCCCCAAAGCACAGCUGAACCCAGCAGUUUCACCAGCUAACAUGGAGCCGAGAGUCAAGGAGAUCAUAGGGAAACUAAACCAGAUGAUCCCACCCAGACCCUUCACCCACAUGACCACCACCACCAGUGCCAAACACAGCAGAGCCGUCAUCCUCAACCCUCAAGACUCGUACUGCAAAGGAGACCAGCUAGACAUCCUUCUGGAGAUGAGGGACCACUUGGGACAUCGGAAGGAAUAUGGCGGGGACUUCCUGAGGGCCAGGAUGUCCUCCCCAGCCCUGAAGGCAGGUGCAUCGGGAAAGGUGACGGACUUCAACAACGGCACCUACCUGGUCAGCUUCACUCUGUUCUGGGAAGGUCAGGUUUCCCUGUCGGUCAUGCUCAUCCACCCCAGUGAAGGGGUGUCUGCUCUCUGGAGGGCAAGGAACCAAGGCUAUGACAGGGUCAUCUUCACCGGGCAGUUUCUCAGUGGCACCACCAAGGUCUAUAGCGAUUGUGCCCUGGCUUUCAACUCGAGUGCUGAGCUGUGCCAGUACCUGGAUGCUCAAGACCAAGAAGCUUUCUACUGUGUGAAACCACCGCACAUCCCCUGCGCUGCCCUCACGCACAUGUACUCCAAGAAUAAGGACGUCUCCUAUCUUAGCAAACAAGAAAGGAGCCUCUUUGAAAGGUCAAAUGUAGGUGUGGAGAUUUUAGAAAAAUUCAAACCGAUUAAUGUUUCCAAAUGCAAAGAAGAAAUAGUUCCAGUGAAAGAGAAAUGCAAGCCUGGAACCAGAUUGACAAUCCCCAGUGGGCACGUCUGGCAAAACACAUGGAACCCGGUCUCCUGUAGUUUGGCUCAAGUCAACAUGAAAGACUGCCUCAGGGGAAAAUUCAUCUAUCUAAUAGGAGAUUCCACGAUCCGCCAGUGGAUGGAGUACUUCAAAUCCAGUAUUGACACACUGAAACCCGUGGACCUGCAUGAGUUUGGAAAAUUGAAACACCAGCUUGCUGUGGAUUUGGAUAGAAAUAUCAACAUCCAGUGGCAAAAACAUAGCUAUCCCUUGAUUGGAUCAUUGGUCUAUUCCGUCAAAGAGAUGGAAAACAUGGCCCGAGUAAUUGACAGAACGGGAGGAGAGAAGAACACUUUCAUUGUUAUUUCUCUGGGCCAGCAUUUCAGACCUUUCCCCAUCAAUGUUUUCAUCCGAAGAGCCCUCAACAUCCACAAAGCGGUACAGAGACUUCUUCUGAGAAGCCCAGACACUGUGGUUAUCAUCAAGACAGAAAACACCAGGGAGAUGCACAGUGAUGUGGAGAGAUUUGGCAACUUCCACGGAUACAUCCAGUAUCUGGUCAUCAAGGACAUUUUUGAGGAUCUCCAUGUGGGCAUUAUUGAUGCCUGGGACAUUACAGUUGCAUAUGGCACAAAUGACGUCCACCCACCACAAUACGUAGUUGGAAAUGAAAUUAAUAUAUUCCUAAACUAUAUUUGCUAGAUCACACAUAUCUCAGAAAAUUAUUUAACAGAAAGGUCUGUUUUCCGUCUGAGAAGGUAAUCUGUACUACGGCUGACAGGGUCUAUGAAUUGAGCCAAACAAGUUAUAUUAAACUGGACUGAAGCUCAGUAACUGUAACCUUUUGGUAUUAUCACCUUUAUAUAAUAGCAAUUAAAAAUUAA